AUAUGACGCGUACAUGUGACGCGGUUUCAGGAAGUAGGCGCAUUGGUACUCAGUUGUCUCUUCGAAAACGCAGAUUCGAAGUUGCUAAUUAACACAUUUUUUUAAAGUAUAAUUAUAUUUUUCGGUUGUUUUAUAAAUUGAUUCGAUUACAGCAGUAUUAUUCAAUGUUAGUAUAAUUGUGCAUAAUUAGCAGUGUUGAUCAGUAAAAAUUAGGAGUUCGUUAAAAAAUAUUAGGGGUCCGCCGGCAGAAUAAUUUUGUGAAAGGCGUAUGUUCGUAACUUAAAAUGUUUAGAAUCACCGUUCCUCGACAUCCAAUGGUUCGGUUUCUGAACCCACAUAAUGCUGUUUUGACUUUCAAUAGAUAUAGGCCUAUGCAUAAUAUUAUCACAAUGAAAUAUCUAUACCUCAUUAAUCCGAAGGAAGAAUAUGCAGUUAGCUAAAUUUGGAAAAUAUGCCGAAAAGUAGGCGAUAUUGUGUUAUUUGGCCACACCUAUGGUCGCAAUCUCAUAUUCUAGCUGAAUUGUAUCAAAAAGAAGGCUAUAUUGUACAGGACACUUCGUUUGUCACUGUACUAGACAUAAAAGUACUUGCCUGCAAAACAUUUUUUUUACAAUUUUUGGCCGUUGCGUAUAGCAUAUUAUGUGAAAUAUUGAAUAUUUUUCGGAUAAAUACGUUUCUGAACAAUCGUGAGCUAAGCCUUGCGGUCUAAUGGUUGAUGAGAGAAAAAUUUUGAGCUUGGCAGAAUUGGUUGGCAAAAGGUUUACGCAAAUCAAUAUAGAAAUAAGAAUAACAUGAUCUUUUUCCUCGAAACUGUAGAGUGUAUAUAUAUGUAAGAUUUCGUUAAAUUGUAGUCUGCGCUACAUACGGAUCUGAAGCAGGAAGAAUUCAAAAUGCCUGUGAAAUCACCUUAUGGAAUUUUAGAUAUUCCACAAGUAUCUUUGAGCGAUUUCUUCUUGUCCCGCAUAAAAGAAUACGGUGACGAAAUUGCAAUGAUUGACAACACCAUCGAAGGUAAACAACUCACUUUCAGACAGCUGUACAAGCAAAUACAAUCGUGUGGCAGAUUUUUCCAAAUGCAAGGGGUGGAUAAAGAAGAUGUCGUGAGUCUAAUAGUUCCUAAUUGCUUGGAAUACAUAAUAGCGAUGAUGGGAGUGAUAUCUUGUGGAGCAGUUAUAUCACCAUGUAAUCCUUCGUAUAAAGAAGGAGAAAUGCUUCAUAUCUUCAAAAUCACGGAACCAAAGAUUCUUAUUGUAUCUGACAGAACGAUCGAUGUCGUGAAGAGAGUUGUCGAACAAUCCAGAAGCAUUCGAAAAAUCAUUGUCAUUGGAAAAAGUGAUGAAUUUGAAACGUGGGAUGACGUUAUUGUCACAAAUGAAAAAGAGCAAGAAGCAUCGAUCCGUAAUUUUAAAGUAUCAGCAAAAGAGGAUUUGGUCAUCUUACCAUAUUCAAGUGGAACUACUGGAAUGCCGAAAUGUGUAAUGCACACCCAUUACAGUAUUAUUGCAACGUUAUUAUCUAUCUGGUAUCAUUUAGGCUACAAGCGGAGAGAAACGUUCUACAAUGAAAGCCCAAUGUUUCAUGUCGGCGGGUAUAUGUUUGUUAUGCUAGCUUUGCAGGGUGGGUUAACAGUUAUUAUGGAUCAAGAAUUUGAUGUCGAAAAGACGCUAGUUGCGAUACAAAAUUACCAGGUGAAUCAUCUCAUGAUGGUACCGCCAAUCAUGCUGGAAAUGUCUCAAACAGAUUUGCACAACAAGUAUGAUACGUCAUCAUGGAAAACAUCUUUGACCGGUGGAGCGGCAAUCCCAACUUCGAUAAUGAAAGCUGUUUCUGAACGGUUCAGCAUUAAAAUAGUUCCAGGUUACGGAAUGACGGAGUUUAGCACUAUGUCAUUGAACAACAAUGUAAAAUCAUUCGAAGAUGCCGUCGGUUCAAUAAACGUCAAUGUUGAGAUUAUGAUAGCUAAUCCAAAUACAGGGAAAGAAUUGAAGUCAGGCGAAGAUGGUGAAAUUUUAGUCAAAGGCCCGCAGAUGACUAAAGGAUAUUACCGAAAUAGAGAAGCUACUGAACAAGCAAUAAAUGAAGACGGAUUUCUUCACACCGGCGAUAUCGGUCAUAUUAAAAAUAAUAUGCUAUAUGUAGUUGGUCGCCUCAAGGAAAUUAUAAAGUAUAAAACUUUCCAGGUACCACCUGCCGAAAUAGAAAAUAUUCUUCUGAAACAUCCUGGUGUUAGGGAUGCUGGAGUGGUUGGAAUUCCUGAUCAACUUUGUGGAGAAUUACCAAAAGCGUUGGUUGUACGAAAACUUCCAUCCGUCGAUUCUGAUGAACUUCUCCAGCUUAUUAAAAGAGAACUCGCCGACUACAAACAAUUAAGAGGUGGUAUUCAAUUUGUUGACAAAAUACCGAAAUCAAAGUUAGGAAAAAUUGAUCGCAUAGAGUUGAAGAAAUUGGCUAUGCUAUAGUUGAAGAAAUUGAUUACUAAAUACAAAAGAAUGCAAAUUGUGGCCGAAAUGUUAUAAUAAAAAUAUAAUCAAAUGUA